AUGUACGACCACUUCUCUCCCUACCUGUACUCUCGGGUCGAGGUCAACAGAUUCAACAAGCUAAAGGUCCUGUACGGAUUGGACUAUGAUCUCGAGAAACAUAAGCAGGAAGGUAGACGUGUGGAUUCGAUGAUGGCUUUGGCUCGUUCCAAGAGAACCAUGGAUGCACUUAUGGAAGAGAUUCUGGGACCGCCCCUUGAGGCCCAUAAUCGAAAGCUCAAACUUCUCAACAUGGUGAAAACUCUGGUCAUUACCGAUUUCUUCGCUGCAGAGGCCAUCGCUCGAUCUUUUCAUCCCGAGUACUCAGACUACCUCGAUAAGGACGGUGAGCGACAUAUCGAAGAUGAGAUGUACCGAAAGCAUCCCGAUCUAAGACCACACCUAGGUAUCAAGAAACCCUUUCCAGUACCUAAAUCCCGCCCACUCGUCUUCCAAAAUGUCGAGAACAUCUCACUUGGAUAUCAAGUUCUCGCUGCCAGCUUUUUCUACUCGAUCUGUAAACACGACGGUGAACCUAUCAUCCAUCCCAUCAUCAAGGCUCUAGCCAAAGGUCUUAAUUGCAAGAAUGUCUCACACGAUUAUGAAGCUUCUAUGAAAUACCAUAAAGACGGUUACGAUGAGAACUUUGAUCUCACUCUCAAACCUUUCUUGGAUAAUUGGGAUUUUACCACUUCCAACUGGCAUAACAUGAAUCAAAUCAUCAUGCCUUGCACUCAUUCGACACCAAAGAUGAGACUGUUCUUCGACCCCGACUCGGUUCAGGAGAAUCCCACCAAGAACCACCCAUUGGUCAUACCGGAAGAAGAUGAGGUCGCUCAAGCUUCGUUGAUGUUCUACGACAAGAGAUUUGCCAGUGAGACCAGUGAUGAAGAUUCAUAUGACGACUGUAUGGAAGCUGCUCAAAAGAGGUGGAAACAAAGGAAAGAUUCGGGUUGGUAUGAGAAGUACGCGAAGAUCGUCAAUUGGGAGGACGCGGAACCUUGUGUCUGCUGUGGUGAGAAAAGAGCACCGGGUAGAAAAGCCUAUAUUGAGUCUAAUGCUCGGUUCGCUCUUAUGGAGUAG